ACAUCCUUUUCAAUCAGGUAUUGAACUCGAAGGACCAAAGGGCCAAGGCUCAGGCAGGGGGAGCAACAUCAGACAAUAGUAAUGAGAAACGGUUCCUCUGCAUGUUCUGUAACAAAAGCUUCAGCUGCCCCCAGAAGUUGGAGAUCCACCAGAGGGUCCACACAGGGGUGAAACCCUUCAGCUGUACCCAGUGUCAUAUGCGCUUCUCCCACUCGUCCAGCCUUAAGAGGCACCAGAGGGUCCACACAGGGGUGAAACCAUUCAGCUGUACCCAGUGUCACAUGCGCUUCGCCCAGGCUGGUGACUUGAAGAGGCACCAGAGGGUCCACACAGGGGAGAAACCCUAUAGCUGUACCCAAUGUCACAUGCGCUUCGCCCAGGCUGGCAACCUGAAGAUGCACCUGAAGGUCCACACGGGAGAGAGGCCGUUCACCUGUACGGACUGCGGGAAGAGGUUCUCUGAGAGGAGCUACCUCAUGAUACACCAAGCGAUACACACAGGGGAGAAACCGUUCGGCUGCCACCUGUGCCGGGCCCGUUUCUCCCGAUCGACCCACCUGAAGAGGCAUCAGAGGGUCCACACAGGGGAGAAACCCUACAGCUGCCCCCAGUGUGAGAAAAGGUUCUCCCACCAGCACAAUAUGAAAAGGCACCAGAGGGUCCACACAGGGGUGAAACCCUUCAGCUGUACCCAGUGUCACAUGAGCUUCGCCCAGGCUGGCAACUUGAAGAGGCACCAGAGGGUCCACACAGGGGAGAAACCCUACAGCUGCCCCCAGUGUGAGAAAAGGUUCUCCCGCCAGCACCAGCUGAAGAUGCACCUGAAGGUCCACACGGGAGAAAGGCCGUUUGCUUGUACGCAUUGUAGUAAGAGUUUUUCAGAGAGGAGCUACCUCAGGAUACACCAGCAAAAAAAACAUUCCACUCUAGUGGCAGAGAUCUGUAAACUCGUAGACGACGACUAUGCAGUGUKUCGUUUGGAAAUAACUCAAAGCCAGAAAGAAAWCAGGGCAUURCGGAGGAAAYUACAGCUACAAGAACUGAAGGUAGCACGGGAGCGCGUCCUCGCCAGUCGUCCCAGUAGUGUCAAGAUCCUCGACAAAUACAGAGGAAUGGCAAGAGGUGAAGGAAAUCUCACUGGAGGCCACAGAAGCUUUGUAAAGCCAGCAGGACACAAUACAUGGAGACAUGACCAACCAAUCAUUGUUGAUGAGGGRAGUGGAACCUCAACCCAGCACGUUAUUGUGAUAGAGUCUGCAGAUACAGAGGCUGCAGGUCCUGGAGUCAAGCAGGAGAGGUCUGAAGGAGAGAAGGAUCCACAACACAGCAGCAACAUCCAGAUUGGAGCGCCCCAUGUAGUCACGGAGGACCCCACCACCCCAGCGCAGCCCAGGGACAUCAGUAGAACGCCGAACGCCGUCCUCAAGUCUGAGACAGAGACUUUAAUGAGGCUGAGGAGACUGGGCUGUCCUCCUACUCCCCGCUCAGAGUAUUUACUUUACGGUAACCCGAGCCAUAGGACUGUUCUGUCCCAUCGGGAUUCAGGUGACGCGUCACAGACUGGCAAUGAUCCGACCUGUUCAUAUGCUACAGAGACACAGAUGAUACCUGGUGACGUGCCUGUGGUAUUAGAUACACAGACUAAUUCAAUGAGAGGGGACUGGAACCAGUACAGUAGUAGUGUAUACUCUGAAGGGUUCCUAGAUAAGAAAGGGGAUGGUCUGGUUGUAGAUGAGGUGACUGUGAAAGAGGAGGGUGACGAUCCUCUGACAUGGAAUGCAGACCAGACUCACUUAGGAGAAGGACAGUCGCAGAGCAACACUAGUGACUUUUUAGACUACAGGGAAAGCUUAGAGCCAAAUCCAAAUAUCGCAACCCACUCCCCUUUACACGCGCUCAGGGAUCGCGACCCAGUGUCCACGUCGAUGGCACCUUUCGCUUCACACGGCCGCAUCCUUUUCGAUCAGGUAUUGAACUCAAAYGACAAGGCUAGAGUCCAGGCUGGGGAAGGGGGAGCAACAUCAGGCGGUACUAAAGAGAAACGGUUCUUCUGCAUGUUCUGUAAUAAAGGCUUCAACUGCCCUCAGAAGGUGGAGAUCCACCAGAGGGUCCACGUAGGGGUGAAACCCUUCAGCUGUAGCCAGUGUCAAAUGCGCUUCUCCCAGGCUUGGAACCUGAAGAUCCACCAGAGGGUCCACACAGGGGAGAAACCCUACAGCUGUAGCCAGUGUCACAUGAGCUUUGCCCAGACUUGCAACCUGAAGAGGCACCAGAGGGUCCACACAGGGGAGAAACCCUACAGCUGCCCCCAGUGCUCUGAGGCCUUCAGUUUCCCCAAACAGGUGGAGAUCCACCAGAGGAUGCACACGGGGGAGAAAGCGUUCAGCUGCCACCUGUGCCCGGCCAGUUUCUCCCGAUUGUCCAACCUGAAGAGGCACCAGAGGGUCCACACAGGGGAGAAACCCUACAGCUGCCCCCAGUGUGCGAAGAGGUUCUCCCACCACCACAAUAUGAAGGUGCACCUGAAGGUCCAUACGGGAGAGGCAGUGUCCCUGUAUGCACUGCAGGAGUAUUAUCAUGUGAAGUGUCUUGAGUCUGCAGAUGCAGAGGCUGCAAAUCCUGGGGUCAAGCUGGAGAAGACUGGAGGAGAGGUGGACCAACGACACAGCAGAGACAUCCAGACUGGAGCGCCCCAUGUAGCCACAGAGGUCCCCACCACCUCCGCCCCAGCGCCGCCCAGUACCCGACGUAGCAUCACGGAGUUCAGUGGAACGCCGGACGCAUUCCUCAAGUCAGAGACCAACACAGAGACUGUGGCACGGGAGCGCGUCCUCGCAAGUCGUCCCAGUAGUGUCAAGAUCCUCGAACGAUACAAAGGAAUGGCAAGAGGUGAAGGACAUCUCACUGGAGGCCACAGGAGCUUUGUGAAGCCAGCGUGGAGAGAUGACCAACCCUUAGCUAUAGAUGAGGGKAGUGGAACCUCAACUCAGCAGGUUAUCGUGAUAGAGUCUGCAGAUGCAGAGGCUGCAGGUCCUGGGGUGAAGCAGGAGACGUCUGAAGGAGAGGAGGACCCACGGCACAGCAGAGACAUCCAGACUGGAUCGACUGGAGCGCCCCCUAUAGCCACGGAAGACACCGCAACUGCCCCCGCGCCCCAGGCCAAGACUCGACGCAGCAUCACGGAGGUCAGUGGAGCGCCGAACGCCGUCCUCAAGUCAGAGACCGACACAGAGACUUUAACUGUAACACACAGGCUCUUACACACAGGAUCUGACCACAGAUCAGACCCAGAGAGACUGGUCUGUCCUCCUGCUCCUGGCCAGAGGACGGUUCAUUCCCGUGGUGAUGGUGACACGUUAGACACCGGUGUUGAUGAUCUGUCUUGUUCUUACGCUACAGUGAUGGACCCUGGCAACAUGCCCUUUGGUUUAGAGACACAGACUGAUCUGUCUAAAGGGGACUGGAACCAGUACAGUAGUAGUGUAUACUCUGAAGGGUGCCUAGAUAAGAAAGGRGAGGUUAUAGUGGUAGAUGAGGKGAUUGUGAAAGUGGAGGGCGACGCUCCUCCCACAUGGAAUGCAGAUAGUCACCAAGGAGAUGGACACUCACAGGGCAGAGGUUUCUUAGAUUACAGGGGAAGCUUAGAGACAAAUACAAAUAUUGUGACCCACUCCCCUGUACACAGGUUCUGGGAUCGCGACCCAGUGUCAACGUCGACGGCAUCUUCUGAUUCACAUGGCCGUGUACUUUUUGAUCAGGUAUUGAAUUCAAACGAGAAGGCUAGAGCCCAGGCUCAGGGAGGGGGAGACACAUCAGGCAAUAGUAAAGCGAAACGGUUCCCCUGCAUGUUCUGUAACAAAGGUUUCAGCUGCCCCCAGAAGGUUGAGGUCCACCAGAGGGUCCACACAGGGGUGAAACCCUUCAGCUGUACCCAAUGUCAUAUGUGCUUUGCCCAGGCUGGCAACCUGAAGAGGCACCAGAGGGUCCACACAGGGGAGAAACCUUUCAGCUGCCCCCAGUGUGAGAAGAGGUUCUCCCGCCAACACCAGCUGAAGAUGCACCUGAAGGUCCACACGGGAGAGAGGCUGUUUGCCUGUACUCACUGCGGGAAGAGGUUCUCAGAGAGGAGCUACCUCAGGAUACACCAGCAGAAAAAACAUUCCACUAAGGAACCAGCUGGSCAGCACAGGACCACACACAGUCUCACUGAGUCAGUAGACAUGGAGGAUGGGAAGCCUGAUCUGCUGCUGGUCAAAGAGGAGACAAUAGAAGACGGAUCAGAGAGCAUUGAUCGGCUGAGUGGAUUAAAGAUGGGGGAGCAAGGUGGUUGGCUGGAGGCUAACAGAGACUGGGCGGCCAUCUUGCAUUCCCAGACCCAGACGGGUGCAGCCAAGGGCCCCGGGGACGACAACAUUACUGAGCAAGACAGGACCAGCGGCGAYAUAGUGGAGGUCAGUGGAUGGGACAGCGUCCUCAACUCUGGGCUGGGGAACAACACUCUUAGCCACAACCAGAAACAGACAGUGGAACACAAAACAACAACUGAACUUAGUCUCCACGACAACAGACUGGCUGAGACCAGGGCGAGGCGUAGAUUAGGUCUGCAUGGACGGGGUGGUGUUGGUAUGAGGCGGGAGAGAACAGCCACAGACUCGUUUAGCGAUGCUCCGUCCUGCUCCUAUAGUUGUGAUUCAGAGAGACUGAUGGCGCCUCAGGUUAACCCCCUAACAGAUGCUGCCUUCAGCCUGCCUUCUAUAGGAUCUAUCAACUGGAACAUGGACCCUGCGACAACACAGACAUUCCCUGGCAUUCGUCCUCCUCACACUCUCCUGAUGUUAAACCAGACCUCAGACAAUGCCAGUGCCUCAAUACUAAAUGGCUACACAAGCCUAUUGACAAAUGACAGUAGUAGUAACGCUAUCAGUAGAUCCGGUGGCAAAGAGAAGCGCUUCCCGUGUUCAUUCUGUGGGAAAGCCUUCAAUUUCCCCAAACAGAUGGAGAUCCACCAGAGGAUGCACACAGGGGAGAAACCUUUUGGCUGCCACCUGUGUGAGAAAAGGUUCUCCCACCAGCACCACCUGAAGAGGCACAAGAGGGUCCACACAGGGGAGAAACCCUACAGCUGCCCCCAGUGUUGCUCGCGAGCCAGGCGUCCAAAAAUGUCGAGUCGCCUUGCGUUCCAGACACAGCUAGCUUCCAUUAUGGAGGUAUUGGCCAAUGCAGCCGUGGCAGAAAUCUGCAAACUGGUAGACGACGACUAUGCGGUUGUAAGUUUGCAAAUGUCACAAUGCCAAAGGGAGAACAAAGGUUUGAAGCGAAAGCUGAAUCUUCUCGAGCUGAAGAUGGCCCGUGGUUACGCCGAACGAAGGCUACGGGAAAGCGCAAUGAACAGCCGUCCCAACAGCAGAGUUCAUAUCAACACCAAUGAGAAAUUCAGAGGGUCGUCUUCAUCAACUGGUGGUGUCUACGACAUACAACUAGAUCACCUGGGGAUGUGGUCAGGAGGCCCUGGAGCCAGUAAUGAUCACAACAGUUCCCAGAUGCAUCCCAACCCCAUCCGAGACAAGUCGCCAGAUCUGCAGCUUGUGGAACCUGAGUCUCUGUUGGUCAAAGAGGAGAGGAUGGAGGAUCCCCUUGGAGACGCGGAGGCAGACGACGUACCACUGAUCGGAGAGGACGGAGUGGUGGAGUGUGGACCUCGUGGAGGCAGCAAUAGAACCGGCCCUGGGGACUCCACAUCCCAUCCACCCACUUCAGCCCAUGGCCCAGAGCAGCUCAGCCAGCCUCAGCACCCCGAGCAGCAGCAGGGCCCCAGGAACAGGCACCGUGUGGAGGUCAGUGGCUCGGCACCUCUCCUUAAGUCUGACAGUGAACCCCAACACUCAGGACUGUGGUACAGUGGUGAUGAUGACAGAGGGGACGGUCUGGGGCCGCUGGGCUCGUUCUUUAAUGAGAGCAACCAGGCAGAGACGGCUGGGGCUGGGCAGCCAUCUUGUUCAUACAGCACAGUCGCCGAGGCUGCUGCGUCUUUUCAGUCCGGGCACCGCCGUCCACUUCCUGCUUCGGUCACCGUCCACCGCCAUCUCCCGGGGAACCGAGAGGAGGUUCUGAACGUCGACUCGGAGGAGGAGGAUGGAAAGGCUCCUCUGGAUAAGUGGGGUCGCGACAGUGGAAUGUCUGCAAUGUUUGGGGGAGGAGGCAGGUUCCAGGGUAACCAUGGCAACAUGGCCGCCCCAUCACAAUCUCACUCCAAUGACAUUGCGAUGCCGUCGACUUCCGACGCGAACGGGUGGACACACGGCGGCGGGGGCAGAAACACUGGCGGCGGCAACACUGGCUUCCCCCUGACGAGGGGCGGCAAGGUCCCCCACAGGACCAGUGCCCGGGAGAAACUGUUCAUCUGCAACUUCUGCGGCAAGGCGUUCAACCGGCCCAAGAAAGUAGAGAUCCACCUGAGGACCCACACAGGGGAGAGGCCGUUCAGAUGCAACACCUGUGGGAAGAUGUUCUCCGAGGCUGGCAACCUGAAGAAGCACCAGAGGGUCCAUACAGGGGAGAAACCCUUCCACUGUGAGCUCUGUGGGAAAGGAUUCGCCUGGAUACGCAACCUCAAGACCCACCACGAGAGGAACCAUCCAGACGUAUAUCCCCCGGACAUGAGCCCUAGUUUUAUCCCACCUGCACCACUGCCCACUCAUAUGGUCAAGUGCCACAAAGAAGAACAUAGGCCAAUUACAGUUGAUCCAGAACCGAGCAGUACGUCUGCAGCGGUGGAGAACAGAGACCCUGACAUCCUGCUGAUCAAGGUGGAGAAUCUGGACCCACGGGGUGGAGGACUCCGCAUCCAGGAGGGGCCGGAGGAGUCCAGCAGAGACGACUACAGAGGAGGAGCAUUACCCCUGGAGGCCACCCACCACAACUCACCCCCAGACCACACCCACCACCACCACCCCGGGACGACCAGGCACCACACCACGGAGGUCAGCUAUGGCCGUGUGUCGUACGAGAGCCACCCCCUUCCGCUGUGGACCAAUGGGGGCAGUGGUGGUUGUGGUGACGCUAGCGUCCCAGGGCCAUCCUCCCUCAACCUGUCCUACCCAGCAGGCCCAGGCAUGCUGAUCAUGGGAGGGAGGAUGGGGCCUGCUGGCUCUGAGAUGGGUCAGCACAGGGGUUUCACUGUAGAAGGCUCCGGAAGCUUCUCAGGUUCUAUGGGUUCUAGAGAGGGGUCAGAGAUGGCUGGUUAUGAUGUCGGAAUGGGGGGGUCGGAUGAGGCACAGGGGGGUCAGGAGACGUACAAAUGCGGGAGGAAGAAAGUGGUAAGGAAGAAAGCAUACCUCUGCAAGUUCUGCGGUAAAGGGUUCUCCUCCCCGGCGAAUCUAGAACCGCACCUUAGAACCCACACGGGCGAGCGGCCGUUUGGGUGCACGGUGUGCGGGAAGCACUUCUCUCAGUACUGGAACCUUAAAAUCCACAAGAACGUUCACACGGGGGAGAGGCCGUACGCCUGCCCGCUCUGUGGGGAACGCUUUGCCGACCCUAGCAAUCUAAAGAAACACCAGAAACGACAUCAUCCUCAGCAAUGUCCUGGAGGGCAGGCACCUGCAGCUCCUGAAUCAACUCCAUCAACACUAAGACUGGGACAGAACCUGGGAAGUAUCACAGCAACAGGAGGACCUGACAUGACAGCAGAGUGUACUGGGGAGUCCUCCUCACAAAAAGGUAUUGGAACCACUAGUCCCGCAGCGAGCCUAGGUAAUAAAGCCAAUAUGCCCAAGGGAGCAUCAGACAACACACCUCCAACCCAGACCACACAGCAGCUCAGCAAGCAGAGAGCAGCCAACACGCUAGGCUCUGAGUACUCAAUGUUUGAGCUGGAGACCUUCUUCACGCGCUGGGCCCCAGACACAUCGGCAUCAACAUCRCCCUCCGGUGGUCCCUCGUGCUCCUACACCGACAACACUACRGACACUGACCCAGACUGCCUCAUUGUYGACCCAGAGCCUCAGCCCCGGCUCCYCUCAGCGACUGUCAGGCCCACAGSGGAGGGUGUGYCUUUCUCUGGGCAUCAGGGAGUACAAACAGCCAGUGUGGGUGGGGGUAUCCAGGGGCAUCCCACAUGGAGCAGGGCAGCCAUUUUGAGAGCGUCUCAACAAGCACAUCAGCGGCAGCUUCAACGACGCCUCAGAGCACAGCAGCUACAACAGACUCACCCAGAAAACCCAACUACCUCCACCACCAAUACUAGUACCGGUAUGUCUUCCCAAUCCCUUCACUCCCUGGUAGGKCUACCRCCAGGRAGAGGGGCCACGGCCAAAGGCUUUGCCCACAUCGAGGUGAMCCUGGCUGGGCARCAGGCAGCCCAGCUGGCCCAGCARCACUGYGAUGCGGCCGGGAGGAGAAAGAGCUACGUGUGCCGAGCCUGCGGUAAGGCCUUCACCGGUCAGUCCAACCUGGAGGCUCACCAGAGGGUACACACAGGGGAGAAGCCGUUCAGGUGUGCCACCUGUGGGAAGAUGUUCUCAGAGGCUGGCAACCUGAAGAAGCACCAGAGGGUCCAUACAGGGGAGAAACCCUUUGCCUGUAGCCACUGUGGGAAGCGCUUCGCCUGGAUAUGCAACCUCAAGACGCACCAGCAGUCAGUCUGUGGAGAUGGGGGAGAAGAGGUGUGAGGCAUAAAAUUAGAAUCAGUAGACUGGACGGACAUGGUUCUAAAAUCUACAAUAGAAUAUUGCUGACACAGACAUCAACGGGAAUUCAUUCUAAUCGUAAUGAUGUGAGACCGACAACCCCCCAAACCUCCAAAACAAACACGACAAUAUAAAGGAAAUGUAAAAGGGAUUAGCAGAAAGUUGUCUUUACAGGUGACACUUUUGUCCUCUGUUCAGCUCCAGAUCGUUGUUACAGUAGUUAAACUAAGGGGCUUGUAAUUUUAUGGCCAACAUAAAAAUCAGGCAAUUAUUAGAUAAAGUAUCUUUAUUUGAAACUGAAAUGUGGAAUUAAUAUUGAAUAUCAUGUGCAUAUUAUAUGAACAAAUGUGUUCCAAGACAUGUCUUUUUUUAUAUUAUUAGGAUAACCUUUUUUUUUAUUUGUAAGAUUUGACAUGAAUAAUUGUCAAUCCGUGUCACAUGCAAUUGCAAGUAAUGUGGCCACAGACAGUGACAUCAAAAUAAACAUAUUUUCUUAACACAAUAAGGUAGUACUAAAUAUUCGCAUCGAUUAUGA